AUGGAGAAGGCACUGUCGGAAUACAUUUCUCGUCUGAGGGAGCUCACUUCUGAACUGCGCGGACUGCGUCGGGCAGUUGCAGAUUUCAAAAAGAAAUGUGAUAUUGCUAAGACAGUUGGAACGUCAGUGUCAACUGUUGGCACUGGACUGGCAAUUGCAGGCGCUAUUUUCGCCAUACCGACAGGCGGUUUAUCCCUCUUCGUAACGGGGGCAGCCAUCGGAACCACCGUUGCCGGCGUAGCAACGAAUAGCGUUACGGACGCAAUAAACAUCAGCGAGACGAAAGAAUUCCUGGAAAAAGCUGAAGCGAUUGCGGAAAAAGCCAAGGCAGCGUCCGACAACUUCGCCAGCCAUUUGGAAAAACUACACUUUGAAUAUGAAAAAUACAAGAGCCAGGGAAUUUCACAAGACGAAGCGGCGCUCCGUGCCAUGCUGAAGAUCUACGGUCGUGUUGGAGCAGUAGACAAAAUACGUGAGGCGGAAAUACUUAGAGGCGAAUUUAAUGAUUUCGAACGAGCUUCUCAGGAGGCCGCCGAGGAAGAAAGGAGACAAUCUCAAAACAGCCGCAAAACACAGUCAAGGCCAGCAGAAAAUAACAAGGAUGGUGCUGACGGUGAGGAUCCAAAUCGUACGCCAAACCAUCGCACCUGUGAAAAUCGAUCAUCCGAAGCCGAAGCAGAAGAAUUGAUAAAACGUCUGCGAGAACUUGUGAAAGAAAUACAAGGCCUGACGGAGGACGAAAGAAAAUCUUCAGAAAGAUUGCAGGCUCUUUUGAAAAGGUUUAUUAAAAUUCUGCAGGAAAUGUAUGAGGCUGGAUUUACGGCUAGCAUUAAUCCGAAGACUCGCAACCUUCGCCUCUCCAUUACAGUCAACGGAAGGGUGAUAUUUAUUGAUAUCUCUCGGGAUGGGUUUCACUUGUGUGACCUUGAUCCAUCAAAUAUGGGAAAUAUAUUCUCUAGGGUCCCCUUCGGAAAAUCCUCAGAACACACAUCGUGUAAUGUGGCGGUAGCUGUGUACUACAUUCGUGCCUUAAAGAACAAUAAUCUCGGCGUUUGUUCGGUUAUCAGCGUAGGCCACAAGGAAAAUAAGCUUCAGGAGCAAGCAAUAACCUCUGUCUCGAGCCCAGAUGGUUACUCUACGUGCUACAUAAUUUCAUUUUACGUCGUUGGUCUUUGCAUUGACAUCCAAUCUCUUAAGAUCUGA